AUUACAAGUCUCGGCUUCAGCAUGUCUGCCGGGAGAAUCGGAAUCCUGGUAGCUCUGUCUUCCUUACAGCAGAUUCUAGGCUCUGUAGCGCUGGGGCAGCCCACCGUGCGACUGUCCCCCCCUCGCAAUGUGACGCUGCUGUCGAAGGAUUUCGGCAUGGCUUUGACAUGGCUCCCCGGCGAGGGGGCCCCACCAGAUGUGCUGUAUACUGUGAGAUACCGAAAAUGGACUCAAGUAAAGCGGUGGAAAAAGGUCCAACACUGCAGAAACAUUUCCCAAACCACCUGCAAUCUGACUUGUGUGAAAGACCUAUACAACAAAGUCAGCGCCCGUGUCAAAGCCCUGUCGGCAGGGCGCCAGUCCCCCUGGGUGGAGUCGGGAUUCAUGGAAUAUUAUUUUGAUGUGGAACUGGCUCCCCCGGCACUAGAAGUGAGCGUGUCGGAAAGUACAAUCAAUGUGGGUGCCGCUUUCCCCCUGGCUUCCUGUGUGGAGAGCACCUUUAUCGAUCUGAAGUAUGACCUGGACUUCUGGGAAGCCGGAACUGAAGACAAGCAGAUUCAGUACUGCGACAACAUGAAGUGGGACCAGAUAACAAUCAACACUCGGGAGAUCAGCGGCAAUUACUGUCUGAGUGCCAGGGCUUCUUUCCAAGUAAUCAAACUAAAACACAGCGAGUUCUCCAAGCCGGUGUGCGUGCUGUUCAAGUCCAAAGCCGUGGACUGGAAGUUCCUAGUCACCAUUGCAGUCCCAUUGCUUGUCCUGCUUUUCCUUUGCGCUGCUGCUCCGUCCAUCCUAUGUCUGUGUAAACAAGCUGCCAAGAGAGUGAAGAGGCCUCAAGCUUUGGACUUCUCCCAUUUCAGGGCUCCUGGGAUGAUCCUUGAGAAGGAGCCCAGCAAAAAGGAGUUCUUUGAGGAAGACCUCCUAGCCUGCAUGGAGAAGCCAGAAUUGGGAGGGAGAAGGAGUGGUCCUUCAGUGAGGAACAACGUAUCACUAAAUGCUUCUCUCCCCUCACUCUGGGAGGAAGAGGAGGAGGAUGACAGCAGCAGUUUCAGACCCUACACUGAAAUGCCUCGGUUCCUGAAGAGAGCUCCCAACUGCCAAGUAGCCAGCACGAGUCACCAAGGGACCCAAUCGGGUUCUGAACUGGGCGGCUCCCACCUUGAUGGAGGAUCUGUGUCUGACCUAGCAGGGUUAGGGUUCUCUCAGCCUGUUUGGAGAAGGGGCUCGGCCAAGGAGGACACCUCUGGGUUCCAAGACAGUGAGAAAUCCUUCCUUUCGGAGAGUUCCUCCUUGGGAGACUUCUCUCUCAUUGAAGCCCGAUAUCCAGCUACUAAUGGACAUGGGCAGCUUGUCUGCCAAGAAGACACCUUCCUUCAGAUGACUGUGUUGACAGAGGGGCUGAAUGGGAAGCCUCCUGAUUAUGAGCAACGCCUGCAAAUGAGACAUCCGCAUAACACCAACCAUCAGUGGCAUCCUUAUCCUGACCCAAUAGUGUGUGUUGCACUAGAAGUCAGCCAGGACUCCGACGGCUUCCCUCUUGAGGGGCAGCUUGUUUGCUUUCAGACUUUAAAGCUCGCAGAGGACGAGGGCAUCGCAAGCAACAGCGACAGCCUCACCGUGUGCUCGGAAGAAGACCCACCAUCCCUGGCCUCACUAGUAGGCGAGACUUUUGAAGCUGAGACACGGGGGAAAGGUGGCAGCUUGCAGCAAGAGAGCGAUCCAAUCUUUAAAUUCCAGGGAUAUCAGCAUGUGCGUUAUAUGCCAAGGAACUGACUGGGAUAGCGACCCUGUGGCUGGCCUGGAUCUAGGGAGCUCCAUCCAGGAGGAAAACAAGGACAAGUGUUUGUCAGACCCAAGAUUUAUGCUGCUUAUGCAUUACCACCCAUGCAUAGUGCUUUCUGCUACCGUUUGUGUUGCCUAGGGCUAGGUCUUCACUCACAGAAAGAGGUGGGUUCUUAUCACGGGGUAUCUAAUGCACGUUAGCUAUCCCUCUGGAAAAACAAGGCACUGUAGUUUUACCAUGAGGUAAGCAAAGUGAGGUCGACCCCAGGAAGGGUUAUGGUGCUAGUCUUGCCUAGCUACCUCAUGGUAACACUACAAGUGCCUUGUCUCCACUUAGAAUUUUACAGUGAGAUAAGGAUCUCGGGUUAGUUAUUGUUCAGGCUGCAUGACCUCUGUCAUGGAGGUCGGGGAAGUCAUGGAUUCAGUGACUUUCCGGGACUUCUGCAGUAGCCGGUGUGUAGAUAAAUCUCUGAUAAUUUUCAUAUGACUUUACACUGUGCCUCUUCAUAUAACCUUGUGGUGGGUCUACCCACGUGUGACCUCUGUUUUCAUGGGACUUUGUAUCAAAGCCUCAUUUAGAAACUUUGCAUUGCCCUUGGUAUAAUAUUAUAGCCCCUAAGGAUAGAAUAAGAUAGAAGAAAAAAUUCUUUUUGCUAGGAGUAGAACAAGAGCUCUCCCCCCCCUCUUAAUCAAUUGCCCUGUUGAAUGAAUGAGGUGUGGAUGAGCAAGGCAUGGAAGGCAGCACCUCCAGACAGCCUCAACUGUUGGAGAGGGGCUGGGAGCCAGACCCAAGGACAAUAAAACUUGUCAAGUGGGCUCAUUAAAGACAAGCAGACAUACCGACGGCCUCGGAGGUUAGAAGCAAGCACCUUCUUUUGGAAACACCCUCUUUGCAGCAUUGGGACAACACUCAAAAGAAAGCAGCACAAAGGACCAAUGAACACAGACACAGAGUUUGAAUCUGGUAUAGAUUUGCAUAAGAGGGAAGCUGCUAUAAAAGUGAGGUGUCUUGCAGAGGACCCCGGGUCUCAUCUUGUCAACAUGGGAGCAUCGAUACGGAUCGGCAGAAGCCCGGCUCCACCCGCUCCACCCCCUCCCCCAUCUAAUUCACCUGGCCAGUGAAGUUAAGGGGAGCAACUAAUUGGUAACAACAAGACGGAGUGUGUUUGUGUGUGUGUGUGAGUGUAAGUGUAAUAUAUUAGAUGCAUAUGAUACGGUGUUAAUGAAUACAUGUAUUACUAAUAAAUGUGGCAUUUUGCCUUAUUCCCCCUGAAAAGAUCCUGUGCAGUACUUUAAGUACAACAGGUGUGGCUGACCCAAGGGCCAUCCAAGCAGCUGGCCCCAGGAGCCUCAGCAAUGGCUGGCCAGGUGCAGUCAGCCCCCGCUGCCAAGCAGAGGCAGCCGUCGACCCCCAAGGUUCCCCCAGAGCAAUGGUGCCCUGGGGCCACGGAGCUGCUACGGUUUAGUCAGGGGUCUUUAUAGUAAAAGUCAUGGACAUGCCAUGAGCAAUAAACAAAUAUUCAUGACCUGUGACCUGUCCAUGACUUUUACUAUAAAGACCCCUGACUAAAUCUUAGCCUUAGUUAUUGUACUGUAAAAGACGCACACCUUUCUGUCAGUGAAGACACAACCAAAGGCUGUGUAAAACUGCCAACAAAACGCUGGCAACAUGGCAUGUUCCAAUUGUGUGUGGAUUUCAACCCAGGCCAGCACACUUCCAUUUCCCAGCUGUCAUUGUGCAGUUGCUUCCCUUGCUGGGUGGGACAAUCUAGGGUGGACAUUUGCCUCCCACAUAGACAUUUGGACACAUCAGCUUUUUGUGGGUAAAGGGAGCUUUCCUGUCAGCCUGCAGAGCUCACCCUUCGUGUUUGAACAGAGAGAACAAAAAUCAA